AAUAAAAUACAUAGUCCUAAAGCCGACAAAUGAAAACAAUAGAAUACAUAGUCCUAAAGCCUACAAAUGAAAACAAUAGAAUACAUAGUCCUAAAGCCUACAAAUAAACAAUAGAAUACAUAGUCCUAAAGCCUACAAAUGAAAACAAUAGAAUACAUAGUCCUAAAGCCUACAAAUGAAAACAAUAGAAUACAUAGGCCUAAAGCCUACAAAUGAAAACAAUAGAAUACAUAGUCCUAAAGCCGACAAAAUGAAAAUAGCUAAAUAUCCUGAUGAAAAUACAGGUUCUCAUGAAUCGCUCUACUCAGCCUCCCUUUCUAUCUGUCUUGACUUGAGCUAUGACUCGACGUCAGGACAGAGAAACCACGUACAUGCUCAUUGCUCUCUCAGAUGGAUAUAAAAUAAACCCGUACUUGUUGUUUCUCACAAGUGUAUCAGGUUGUGAACUCUGCAAACAACGUUUUUCCACGUCAGGAAGGAGAAUGAUGGUAAAUGACUGUAAAUACAAGCAUUAACAGAAAUGUAACCAAAUGACGGGAUGAACGGUACAUCUACUAUGCCUACUGGUUACAUAUAUGAUGGAGAAUUGAACAAAACAAACAAUCGAAGAGCAAACAAUUCACAACAAUGAAUGUGCACUAAUUGUCAGGAGACCGCAGGGGGAACAUUCUGGAGAGCUGAGAGCAUGCAUUCUGGAGAGAGACGCCUUGAUCUUCGCGACACAUCCCUCCCCUACUUCUUGUUGCAACAUUUUUAGAUGAGUCUCGAGACACAUUAUCUUCACACAUUUGAGAUGUUUUUCACUGACAGCCACAACGCAAUAAUCAGCGAGGUCUAUUGCCAUGCGCGCUGCCCAAAUUGCUGGUUUCCCCAAUAGGAAUAGGCAAACAAUCCAUAGCUAUUUUUAUUUAACUAGUUAAGAACAACAUCUUAUUUACAAUGACGUUGUAGGAACAGUGGGUUAACUGCCUUGUUCAGGGGCAGAACAACAGACCCAAACCUUGUCAGCUCUGGGGAUUCGAUCGAGCAACUUUUCGGUUACUGGCCCAACGCUCUAACCCCCAGGCUACCUGCCGCUUAUGAUGCUCUGUGGCUAAGUUUAACUCUCUGGUAAAGUAUUUAGAAUUAUUUUAUUGAGACAGGAGUAAUUGUUUAAUGUUGAUAAAAACAUCAUUUAUUUAGGGGAAGCCAGCAUCUGAACACCGUGCUCCCGCUAACUUUCCUUUCUAAUUCGCAAAUGGCUGAAACUAGAGAUAACUAUAUAUAAUGGUGAGACGUUGAAGUCUCCGUUCCAACAAUUUAAGUCGUCCCAAAGGCGGGAAUGCAGGCUACAAGCUUAGGUCUUGCAUAUCAUGCCCAUAGAAACGCAUUGGGUUAAUUCAGGAUUUAUUUUGGCGAGAGUGAGCCCUCUCGUUUCGCCAAAUCAUCUAUGCUGAAACGAGCGAGAGAAACAGCGCCCCUCUGUUUCCUUAGGUGUAGACCAUGUAUCUGAUUCUAUCUGGCAGGAAAAGGUACUACAUGUCAUACUCCUUUUGUCCAGACAGCAUCACAUACGGAGACAGAGGGAUGUUUUUUCGCUCGCUCGAAUGCUUUAUCUGAGAUUGAUGCGUAUUUCUGUCGGCGCGCGUCUUGGUCAAAUAAAUGAUCAAUAUUUCUCUAUUUUAUUUGGACGGGCAAGGAGGGAGGUAGGUAGGGCAAGCCAGCCCCCUAGGUCCCGCCCAUAACACCUACCGCACAUAACGUUCCAGGCGCAUCGGUUAGUGUCAAGAAGUGCAACGCUGCUGAGGGUUUUCAUGCUCAACAGUUUCCCGUGUAUAUCAACAAUGUUCCACCACAUAAAGGACAUCCAGCCAACUUGAGAACAACUGGGGGAAGUAUAGGGUGCUACUGUAGGUAGCCUAGCACUUAAUAAUGUUGGGUCAGUAACUGAAAGGUCACUGGUUUGAAUCCCCUAGCAGACUAGGGGGAAAAUCUGUCGAUGUGCCCUUGAGCAAGCCACUUAACUCAAGUCGCUCUGGAUAAGAGCGUCUGCUAAAGUGUGAAAUGGGUCACAUCCCUGUAGAACACUUUCGACACUUUGUAGAGUCCAUGCACAAACAUCUGAAGCUGUUCUGAGGGCAAAAGGGUGAGGUGCAACUCAAUAUCAGGAAGAGGGUGUUCCUAAUGUUUUGUCCGCUCAGUGUAUGUCAGAGGAAACAUGUAUUAGAACAUAAAUACAUGUAGAAACAUCUCAAUGCACGGUGAAUGUAGGUCGGCCUACUGAAUGUAUGUGAACAUAAAUACAUGUAGAAACAUCUCAAUGCACGGUGAAUGUAGGUCGGCCUACUGACUGUAUGUGAACAUAAAUACAUGUAGAAACAUCUCAAUGCACGGUGAAUGUAGGUCGGCCUACUGACUGUAUGUGAACAUAAAUACAUGUAGAAACAUCUCAAUGCACGGUGAAUGUAGGUCGGCCUACUGACUGUAUGUGAACAUAAAUACACAUAGAAACAUCUCAAUGCACGGUGAAUGUAGGUCGGCCUACUGACUGUAUGUGAACAUAAAUACAUGUAGAAACAUCUCAAUGCACAAUGAAUGUAGGUCGGCCUACUGACUGUAUUAGAACAUAAAUACAUGUAGAAACAUCUCAAUGCACGGUGAAUGUAGGUCGGCCUACUGACUGUAUUAGAACAUAAAUACAUGUAGAAACAUCUCAAUGCACAAUGAAUGUAGGUCGGCCUACUGACUGUAUUAGAACAUAAAUACAUGUAGAAACAUCUCAAUGCACGGUGAAUGUAGGUCGAAUUUUGUAAGCUAUUUUUUUGGCAGUGUGAGUGCAUUGUUAUUUUGGGAUUCAAUAAACAUAGCGUUGAUGAGUACUGUGCUAGCGUUGAUGAGUACUGUGCUAGCGUUGAUGAGUACUGUGCUAGCAUGUGGACCAGAAGCCUCUGCUCUGAUCUGGCUUUACUCUCUCUUGAAUUAGUUGUCGAAUAUACCAGGUAUUUAUCAGUGUUACAUGAUACAAUUACAGUGUCAAUGGCAGGUUACCAGGGAGAGCUCUGGGUAGAAAUGGGUUGCAGAGCACAUAUCUCAACCCAAACACUCUCAUCAACACAGCCGUGGUUACUGGGGCGGCAGGUAGCCUAGUGGUUAGAGCCAGGUAGCCUAGUGGUUAGAGCCAGGUAGCCUAGUGGUUAGAGCCAGGUAGCCUAGUGGUUAGAGCAGGUAGCCUAGUGGUUAGAGCCAGGUAGCCUAGUGGUUAGAGCAGGUAGUCUAGUGGUUAGAGCAGGUAGCCUAGUGGUUAGAGCAGGUAGCCUAGUGGUUAGAGCAGGUAGCCUAGUGGUUAGAGCAGGUAGCCUAGUGGUUAGAGCAGGUAGCCUAGUGGUUAGAGCAGGUAGCCUAGUGGUUAGAGCAGGUAGCCUAGUGGUUAGAGCAGGUAGUCUAGUGGUUAGAGCAGGUAGCCUAGUGGUUAGAGCAGGUAGUCUAGUGGUUAGAGCAGGUAGCCUAGUGGUUAGAGCAGGUAGUCUAGUGGUUAGAGCAGGUAGCCUAGUGGUUAGAGCAGGUAGCCUAGUGGUUAGAGCAGGUAGUCUAGUGGUUAGAGCAGGUAGUCUAGUGGUUAGAGCAGGUAGUCUAGUGGUUAGAGCAGGUAGUCUAGUGGUUAGAGCAGGUAGCCUAGUGGUUAGAGCAGGUAGUCUAGUGGUUAGAGCAGGUAGCCUAGUGGUUAGAGCAGGUAGUCUAGUGGUUAGAGCAGGUAGCCUAGUGGUUAGAGCAGGUAGCCUAGUGGUUAGAGCAGGUAGCCUAGUGGUUAGAGCAGGUAGCCUAGUGGUUAGAGCAGGUAGUCUAGUGGUUAGAGCAGGUAGCCUAGUGGUUAGAGCAGGUAGCCUAGUGGUUAGAGCAGGUAGCCUAGUGGUUAGAGCCAGGUAGCCUAGUGGUUAGAGCAGGUAGCCUAGUGGUUAGAGCCAGGUAGCCUAGUGGUUAGAGCAGGUAGCCUAGUGGUUAGAGCAGGUAGCCUAGUGGUUAGAGCCAGGUAACCUAGUGGUUAGAGCCAGGUAGCCUAGUGGUUAGAGCCAGGUAACCUAGUGGUUGGAGCAGGUAGCCUAGUGGUUAGAGCAGGUAGCCUAGUGGUUAGAGCAGGUAGCCUAGUGGUUAGAGCAGGUAGCCUAGUGGUUAGAGCCAGGUAGCCUAGUGGUUAGAGCAGGUAGCCUAGUGGUUAGAGCAGGUAGCCUAGUGGUUAGAGCAGGUAGCCUAGUGGUUAGAGCAGGUAGCCUAGUGGUUAGAGCAGGUAGCCUAGUGGUUAGAGCAGGUAGUCUAGUGGUUAGAGCAGGUAGCCUAGUGGUUAGAGCAGGUAGUCUAGUGGUUAGAGCAGGUAGUCUAGUGGUUAGAGCAGGUAGUCUAGUGGUUAGAGCAGGUAGUCUAGUGGUUAGAGCAGGUAGUCUAGUGGUUAGAGCAGGUAGUCUAGUGGUUAGAGCAGGUAGCCUAGUGGUUAGAGCAGGUAGCCUAGUGGUUAGAGCAGGUAGCCUAGUGGUUAGAGCAGGUAGCCUAGUGGUUAGAGCAGGUAGUCUAGUGGUUAGAGCAGGUAGCCUAGUGGUUAGAGCAGGUAGCCUAGUGGUUAGAGCAGGUAGCCUAGUGGUUAGAGCAGGUAGUCUAGUGGUUAGAGCAGGUAGCCUAGUGGUUAGAGCAGGUAGCCUAGUGGUUAGAGCAGGUAGCCUAGUGGUUAGAGCAGGUAGCCUAGUGGUUAGAGCCAGGUAGCCUAGUGGUUAGAGCAGGUAGCCUAGUGGUUAGAGCAGGUAGCCUAGUGGUUAGAGCAGGUAGCCUAGUGGUUAGAGCAGGUAGCCUAGUGGUUAGAGCAGGUAGCCUAGUGGUUAGAGCAGGUAGUCUAGUGGUUAGAGCAGGUAGCCUAGUGGUUAGAGCAGGUAGCCUAGUGGUUAGAGCAGGUAGCCUAGUGGUUAGAGCAGGUAGCCUAGUGGUUAGAGCCAGGUAGCCUAGUGGUUAGAGCAGGUAGCCUAGUGGUUAGAGCAGGUAGCCUAGUGGUUAGAGCCAGGUAACCUAGUGGUUAGAGCCAGGUAGCCUAGUGGUUAGAGCCAGGUAACCUAGUGGUUGGAGCAGGUAGCCUAGUGGUUAGAGCAGGUAGCCUAGUGGUUAGAGCAGGUACCCUAGUGGUUAGAGAAGGUAGCCUAGUGGUUAGAGCAGGUAGCCUAGUGGUUAGAGCAGGUAGGCUAGUGGUUAGAUCAGGUAGCCUAGUGGUUAGAGCGGGUAGCCUAGUAGUUAUUUCAGGUAGCCUAGUGGUUAGAGCAGGUAGCCUAGUGGUUAGAGAAGAUAGCCUAGUGGUUAGUGGUUAGAGCAGGUAGCCUAGUGGUUAGAUCAGGUAGCCUAGUGGUUAGAUCAGGUAGCCUAGUGGUUAGAGAGGGUAGCCUAGUGGUUAUUGCAGGUAGCCUAGUGGUUAGAGCAGGUAGCCUAGUGGUUAGAGCAGGUAGCCUAGUGAUUAGAGCAGGUAGCCUAGUGGUUAGAGAAGGUAGCCUAGUGGUUAGAGCAGGUAGCCUAGUGGUUAGAGCAGGUAGCCUAGUGGUUAGAGAAGGUAGCCUUGUGGUUAGAGCAGGUAGCCUUGUGGUUAGAGCAGGUAGCCUAGUGGUUAGAGAAGGUAGCCUAGUGGUUAGAGAAGCUGGCCUAGUAGUUAGAGCAGGUAGCCUAGUGGUUAGAGCCAGGUAGCCUAGUGGUUAGAGAAGGUAGCCUAGUGGUUAGAGAAGGUAGCCUAGUGGUUAGAGCAGGUAGCCCAGUGGUUAGAGAAUGUAUCCUAGUGAUUAGAGCAGAUAGCCUAGUGGUUAGAGCAGGUAGCCUAGUGGUUAAAGCAGGUAGCCUAGUGGUUAGAGAAGGUAGCCUAGUGGUUAGAGCAGGUAGCCUAGUGGUUAGAGCAGGUAGCCUAGUGGUUAGAGCCAGGUAGCCUAGUGGUUAGAGCUAGGUAGCCUAGUGGUUAGAGAAGGUAGCCUAGUGGUUAGAGAAGGUAGCCUAGUGGUUAGAGCAGGUAGCCUAGUGGUUAGAGAAGGUAGCCUAGUGGUUAGAGCAGGUAGCCUAGUGGUUAGAGCCAGGUAGCCUAGUGGUUAGAGAAGGAAGCCUAGUGAUUAGAGAAGGUAGCCUAGUGGUUAGAGCAGGUAGCCUAGUGGUUAGAGAAGCUGGCCUAGUAGUUAGAGCAGGUAGCCUAGUGAUUAAAGCCAGGUAGCCUAGUGGUUAGAGCCAGGUAGCCUAGUGGUUAGAGAAGGUAGCCUAGUGGUUAGAGAAGGUAGCCUAGUGGUUAGAGACGCUGGCCUAGUAGUUAGAGCAGGUAGCCUAGUGAUUAAAGCCAGGUAGCCUAGUGGUUAGAGCCAGGUAGCCUAGUGGUUAGAGAAGGUAGCCUAGUGGUUAGAGAAGGUAGCCUAGUGUUUAGAGUGUUGGGCCAGUUACCGAAAGGUUGCUGCAUCGAAUCCCCAAGCUGACAAGGUAAAAAUCUGUCCUUCUGCCCCUGAACAAGGCAGUUAACCCAUAUUUGAUACUUAACCUUUCUUAACUAGGCAAGUCAGUUAAGAACAAAUUGUUCUUUACAAUGAGGGCCGACCAGAAGGCCUCCUGCAGGGACGGGGAUUAAACAUUUAAAAUAAAUACAUUAAAAUAUAGGACAAAACACACAUCACGACAAGAGAGACAACACUACAUAAAGAGAGACCUAAGAUGACAACAUAGCAUGGCAGCAACACAUGACAACACAGCAUGGUAGCAACACAACAUGACAACAACAUGGUAGCAGCACAAAACAUGGUACAAACAUUAUUGGGCACAGACAACAGCACAAAGGACAAGAAGGUAGAGACAAUACAUCACACAAAGCAGCCACAACUGUCAGUAAGAGUGUCCAUGAUUGAGUCUUUAAAUGAAGAGAUUGAGAUAAAACUGUCUAGUUUGAGUGUCUGUUGCAGUUUGUUGCAGUUUUCAUCAAGGAUCUCUCUGUGCUUUGCUCUGUUCAUCUUUCCUUCAAUCAUGACUAGUCUCCCAGUCCCUGCCGCUGAAAAACAUCCCCACAGCAUGAUGCUAACACCACCAUGCUUCACCGUAGGGAUGGUGCCAGGUUUCCUCCAGACGUGAAGCUUGGCAUUUAGGCCAAAGAGUUCAAUCUUGGUUUCAUCAGGCCAGAGAUUCUUGUUUCUCAUGGUCUGAGAGUCCUUUUGGUGCCUUUUGACAAACUCCAAGCGGUCUGUCUUGUCUCUUUUCCUGAGGAGUGGCUUCCGUCUGGCCACUCUACCAUAAAUGCCUUUGGUGGACGGCUGCAGAGAUGGUUGUCCUUCUGGAAGAUUCUCUCAUCUCUACAGAGGAAGUCUGGAGCUUUGUCAGAGUGACCAUUGGGUUCUUGGUCACCUCCCUGACCAAGGCCCUUCUCCCCCCCAUUGCUCAGUUUGGCUCGGCGGCCAGCUCUAGGAAGAGUCUUGGUGGUUCCAAACUUCUUCCAUUUGAGAAUAAUGGAGGCCACUGUGUUCUUGGGGACCUUCAAUGCUGCCCAGCCAUGUUUUGGUACCCUUCUCCAGAUCUGUGCCUUGACACAACCCUGUUUUGUAGCUCUAAGGACAAUUCCUUUGACCUCAUGGCUUGGUUUUUGCUCUGACAUGCACUGUCAACUAUAGGACCUUAUACAGACAAGUGUGUACCUUUCCAAAUCAUGUCCAAUCAAUUGAAUUUACUGCAUGUGGACUCCAAUCAAGUUGUAGAAACAUCUCAAGGAUGAUCAAUGGAAACAGGAUGCGCUUGAGCUCAAAUUCGAUUCUCAUAGCAAAGGGUCUGAAUACUUAUAUGAAUAAAAGGUGUUUCUGUUUUCAAUACAUUUCUAUAAAACCUGUUUUCACUUUGUCAUUAUGGGGGUAUAUUUUAUUUUAUAUAUUGUGUGUAGAUUUUAUGAAGACAUUUUGUUAUUAAACUAUAACAUAACAAAACAAAACGUGGUAAAAAGUCUGAAAACUUUCCGAAUACGCUGUCUCUUCCUCUAUCUGGUUUACUAGAAACACAUAGAAACACACCGUUUACCCAGAUGUUGAUGUUGACGUGGUGCUGGAAAAGGAUGAACCCGGAGCUGAAACGUUUUGAAGCUUCCGUUUAAGGGUCGUGUUUCUGAGACGAGCCAUUGAGAGCUGUCCGUCCGUCUGUCUAAAAACAGCAACACCUGACUAUAAAUAGCCACCAGGGGGGUUUCCUGUUGUGGCCCAACAGCACCAGUUAUUGUGUAAUCACUGCUACGCAUUAAAUAUUAAGCAAGCGGCUGCAGAGAGUAGCAGAGCAACAGACCAUAAUACUGUAGCAAGAGGCACCUGUCAAAGAUCCAGUGAUCAAGGAGAGAUCAAUCUGUUACCAUGGCGUCUGAGCAGCAAAGGGGUGAUGAGCCCUCUCUCCCCAGGAAAGAGGCUGUGUGCCCGGGCUGUCACGGAGCAGGGCCCCUGGUCCUGCCGUGUGGCCACAGCCUGUGUGAGGCCUGCCUGGGGCUGUGUGAGGGCGAGCUGGGCCAGGGGGGCUGUACCAUCUGCUAUGGCAGAGACCUGCUGGACUGCGUCCUGAAGAGACUGCUGGACUCCCUGUUCCAAGGGCAGCCGCGGCGGGCCAGGGAUGGAGGUGUAGAGGACGGGGACAGGGAGCUGUGUCCUAUGCAUGGGGAGAGGCUGACGUUGUAUUGUGUGGAGGACAAGGAGAUGGUGUGUGUGGCGUGUCAGAGCGAGGAGCACGACGACCACGAGUGUUGUCCCACGGAGGAGGCUGUGCACGACUGCAAGAGGGAGCUGACGUCUGCCCUGAGACCUCUACAAGAGAAGCUGGAGGCUCUGAACACUGUCAAGCAGACCUGUGAAGAGUCAGCUGAACACAUCAAGAGCCAGGCACAGCAGACCGAGCGCCUGGUCCAGCAGCAGUUUGAGAAGCUGCACCAGUUCCUCCGAGACGAGGAAGCUGCUGUGAUCUCUGCUCUGAAGGAAGAGGAGCAGGAGAAGACCCAGGGGAUGAGGGACAGGAUAGACAGAACAACAGACCAGAUCAACUCUCUAUCUGAGGCCAUUGAGGUGACGGUGGAGGCCAUGGACACUGGUGAUGACAUAACCUUCCUCAAGAACUUCAAGAGGACCUCUGAGAGGACUCAGGUGACAGUACAGGAGCCAGAUGAGGUGACAGGAGCUCUGCUGGACGUGGCCAAACACCUGGGCUGUCUCAACUACAGAGUCUGGGAGAGGAUGCAGGACUUCAUUACAUACACUCCUGUGACUCUGGACCCCAACACGGCUAAUGUCUGCCUGUCUCUGUCUGAUGAUCUGACCGGCCUGCGGUACACAGAGGAGGAGGAGCGACUCCCUGACAACCCAGAGAGGUUCUGUUACUAUGAGUGUGUCCUGGGUUCCGAGGGCUUCAACUCCGGACGACACACCUGGGACGUGGAGGUGGGCGUGAACAGCGAGUGGGCCGUGGGCGUGGCAUGGGAGACGGUCUCGAGGAAGGAGUGGUUCACCCCGAGCCCAGAGAGGGGCCUGUGGACCAUCUGCUACUAUGGAGGUGAAUACCGCGCCCGCACGGCCACCGCCACCCCCCUGGUCCUGAAAAGAAGGCCCCAGGAGGUCAGAGUGCAGCUGGACUGGGACAGAGGCAGGGUGAUCUUCUCCGACGCCUCAGACAACACGCUCAUCUACAAGUUCCAACACAAGUUCACCCAGAGAGUGUUCCCUUACUUCUCCAACACCUGCAAGAGACAUCCUCUGAGGAUCUCAGCUGGGAAGGUGUCAGUUACAGCGGAGUAGCUUGGUUCAUUCAUUAAGAGCUGAUUUGGUAAAUCUAUAGUUCAGGGACAUUAAUAAGCUGUUGCUGCAUAACAGGUAAAAACAUUGGCUUUAAAGUGGAUGCACCUUUACUGCAGCAAAGGCAUUUUUAUGCAGCUAUGUGACUGCUUUCUGUCUCUCUGGGUUCCAACCUAAAUAGAUAAUUACUGACUCUCUGGGUUCUAAUCUAAAUAGAUAAUUACUGACUCUCUCUGGGUUCUAAUCUAAAUAGAUCAUUAUUGACUCUCUCUCUCUGUGUUCUAAUCUAAAUAGAUAAUUACUGACUCUCUCUCUGGGUUCUAAUCUAAAUAGAUAAUUACUGACUCUCUCUCUGGGUUCUAAUUGAAAUAGAUAAUUACUGACUCUCUCUGGGUUCUAAUCUAAAUAGAUAAUUACUGACUCUCUCUGGGUUCUAAUCUAAAUAGAUCAUUACUGACUCUCUCUCUCUGGGUUCUAAUCUAAAUAGAUAAUUACUGACUCUCUCUGGGUUCUAAUCUAAAUAGAUCAUUAUUGACUCUCUCUCUCUGUGUUCUAAUCUAAAUAGAUCAUUAUUGACUCUCUCUCUGGGUUCUAAUCUAAAUAGAUAAUUAUUGACUCUCUCUCUCUGUGUUCUAAUCUAAAUAGAUAAUUACUGACUCUCUCUGGGUUCUAAUUUAAAUAGAUCAUUACUGACUCUCUCUCUCUCUGGGUUCUAAUCUAAAUAGAUCAUUACUGACUCUCUCUCUCUGGGUUCUAAUCUAAAUAGAUCAUUACUGACUCUCUCUCUCUGGGUUCUAAUCUAAAUAGAUAAUUACUGACUCUCUCUCUCUGGGUUCUAAUCUAAAUAGAUCAUUACUGACUCUCUCUCUCUGGGUUCUAAUCUAAAUAGAUCAUUACUGACUCUCUCUCUGGGUUCUAAUCUAAAUAGAUAAUUACUGACUCUCUCUCUCUGUGUUCUAAUCUAAAUAGAUAAUUACUGACUCUCUCUCUGGGUUCCAAUUUAAAUAGAUAAUUACUGACUCUCUCUGUGUUCUAAUUUAAAUAGAUCAUUACUGACUCUCUCUCUCUGUGUUCUAAUCUAAAUAGAUAAUUACUGACUCUCUCUCUCUCUGUGUUCUAAUUUAAAUAGAUCAUUACUGACUCUCUCUCUCUGUGUUCUAAUCUAAAUAGAUCAUUACUGACUCUCUCUCUCUGGGUUCUAAUUUAAAUAGAUAAUUACUGACUCUCUCUCUCUGGGUUCUAAUUUAAAUAGAUAAUUACUGACUCUCUUUCUCUUGGUUCUAAUCUAAAUAGAUCAUUACUGACUCUCUCUCUCUGGGUUCUAAUUUAAAUAGAUAAUUACUGACUCUCUCUGUGUUCUAAUUUAAAUAGAUAAUUACUGACUCUCUCUCUCUGGGUUCUAAUCUAAAUAGACAAUUACUGACUCUCUCUCUCUGGGUUCUAAUCUAAAUAGAUAAUUACUGACUCUCCCUGUGUUCUAAUCUAAAUAGAUAAUUACUGACUCUCUCUCUCUGGGUUCUAAUUUAAAUAGAUAAUUACUGACUCUCUCUCUCUCUGGGUUCUAAUCUAAAUUGAUAAUUAUUGACUCUCUCUCUCUGUGUUCUAAUUUAAAUAGAUAAUUACUGACUCUCUCUGUGUUCUAAUUUAAAUAGAUAAUUACUGACUCUCUCUGUGUUCUAAUUUAAAUAGAUAAUUACUGACUCUCUCUGGGUUCUAAUUUAAAUAGAUAAUUACUGACUCUCUCUGGGUUCUAAUUUAAAUAGAUAAUUACUGACUCUCUCUAUCUGUGUUCUAAUUUAAAUAGAUCAUUGCUGAAUCUCUCUCUGUGUGUUCUAAUUUAAAUAGAUAAUUACUGACUCUCUCUCGCUGUGUUCUAAUUUAAAUAGAUAAUUACUGACUCUCUCUCUCUGUGUUCUAAUUUAAAUAGAUCAUUACUGACUCUCUCUCUCUCUGUGUUCUAAUCUAAAUAGAUAAUUACUGACUCUCUCUGUGUUCUAAUUUAAAUAGAUAAUUACUGACUCUCUCUCUCUGUGUUCUAAUUUAAAUAGAUAAUUACUGACUCUCUCUGUGUUCUAAUUUAAAUAGAUAAUUACUGACUCUCUCUCUCUGUGUUCUAAUUUAAAUAGAUAAUUACUGACUCUCUCUCUCUGUGUUCUAAUCUAAAUAGAUAAUUACUGACUCUCUCUGUGUUCUAAUUUAAAUAGAUAAUUACUGACUCUCUCUCUCUGUGUUCUAAUUUAAAUAGAUAAUUACUGACUCUCUCUCUCUCUGUGUUCUAAUUUAAAUAGAUAAUUACUGACUCUCUCUGUGUUCUAAUUUAAAUAGAUAAUUACUGACUCUCUCUGUGUUCUAAUUUAAAUAGAUCAUUACUCUCUCUCUCUCUGUGUUCUAAUCUAAAUAGAUCAUUACUGACUCUCUCUCUCUCUGUGUUCUAAUCUAAAUAGAUAAUUACUGACUCUCUCUCUCUGUGUUCUAAUCUAAAUAGAUAAUUACUGACUCUCUCUCUGUGUUCUAAUUUAAAUAGAUAAUUACUGACUCUCUCUCUCUGGGUUCUAAUCUAAAUAGAUAAUUACUGACUCUCUCUGGGUUCUAAUCUAAAUAGAUAAUUAUUGACUCUCUCUCUCUGUGUUCUAAUCUAAAUAGAUAAUUACUGACUCUCUCUCUGUUCUAAUUUAAAUAGAUAAUUACUGACUCUCUCUGUGUUCUAAUCUAAAUAGAUAAUUACUGACUCUCUCUCUGUGUUCUAAUUUAAAUAGAUAAUUACUGACUCUCCCUGUGUUCUAAUUUAAAUAGAUAAUUACUGACUCUCUCUCUCUGUGUUCUAAUUUAAAUAGAUAAUUACUGACUCUCUCUCUCUCUGUUCUAAUUUAAAUAGAUAAUUACUGACUCUCUCUCUCUGUGUUCUAAUUUAAAUAGAUAAUUACUGACUCUCUCUCUCUGUGUUCUAAUUU